AUGUCCAACGAUCAAAUAAAUAAAGCAGAUAUCGUAUCAGAGUCUAGUGGCCACUCUAUUGACAAAACUGCUGAUGAGUACGACCGCCGAAGGAGUAGAAGAGAGGAAGACUAUAACGAGCGCAGGAAUAGGAAUAGACGUGGCAGUCCCAGAUAUGGAAACACUAGAGCUCUUGUACCUCCAAAAUUCGAGGGUGAACCGGGAAGCACACGCUGGAUAGAGAGCCGUGCAGAAUACAGGAAAAACGUCAAAUUUAGCAUAUGGCCACCAUCACCACCUGGUCCAACUUUUGCGUCCUUGUCACCACCAUCGAGAGACACACAGAAGAGGCGACACAAAUCUGGAUACGAGAGAAGACAUAAGCAUCGACGGAAGCAUGACGAUGAGCAACGUAGGCACGAACGUGAAAACGAGAAGACGAGUGAUACGGCUCUGUCGACAAACGAAUACGCUAACUACGAUGAGGAUAUUGGCCCAGCACCACUCCCGGAAGAUCUCAUAAAGUUACGCGAGAGGGAUUAUGGCAGUGAUAUGCUUCGUGGUGAAGGAUCUGCAAUGGCACAGUACGUACAGGAGGGUGAACGUAUACCACGCCGUGGUGAAAUAGGGCUUGAGAGUAAUGAUAUAGACAAAUUCGAGCAGGCUGGCUAUGUCAUGUCUGGGAACAGACAUAAGAAGAUGAACGAAGUUCGUGUUCGUAAAGAGAACCAAGUUUAUUCCGCGGAAGAGAAACGCAAGAUGCUCAAACAGUCUGCUGAAGAGAGACUAAAGAAGGAGAAUGAAAUAGUGGCAUCUUUUAGGGAACUCGUCAGUGAGAAACUGAGUGACUCUAAAGAGAAGAAAUAA